UCGGGAGGCGGCGACAGCGGCAGCAGCAGGCGCCGCCGGGACGGGCACGGGCGCGCGGGCUCGGGCGGGCGCCGGCUGCCUCCUCCCUCCCUCGUCGCUUGCUCGCUCGCUCUCCGGCCCGCUUGCUAGCCGGCCGGGUGCCGAGCUCGCUAUAGCGUUCUCGGGAAGGAAGAAGUGGGGGGCCGAGGACGCCGACAAGUUCCAGCAGUACCGGGGAUCCGGGCCAAGGCGGUGGCUGCGGUUCCGACGGGGCAGGAGCGCGCUCCGUGGCGGAGCGCACGGCCAGAGCGUCCGAGGAGGAGGGCGCCCGGGCCUUUAGUUAUCUGUGGGGCCGCGGCCGGAUCCCAUGAGACGCGCCCGCGAAGGGCAAGAGAUCCGAAGCCCGGGAGGCGCGCGGAGGAGGCGGAGGGCGGUGCUGCAGCGGCCGGAGCCCGGGAGCGGCCGGCAGGAGGCGGCGGAGAGAACUUGAACUUGGCGUCGGGAGCGGGCGCCCCGGACGCCCCUCGCCGGGGCGGGGGCGCCGAGGGACCUGGGCGGCAGCACUGCCCUCCGAAUGGCCGCGGCGGCGGACCCGGCUCCCGCGCCGCGGCCCUAGGUGGCCUCUCGCCAUGGCCAAGUGGCUGAACAAGUACUUCAGCUUGGGCAACAGCAAGACCAAGAGUCCCCCGCAGCCGCCGCGGCCCGACUACCGCGAGCAGCGGCGCCGGGGCGAGCGGCCCUCGCAGACCCCCCAGGCCGUGCCGCAGGCCCCCUCGGCCACCUCGGCGUCCUGCGGUACGGCCGCCGCCUCCUGCUUCUCGGCCUCGUCGGGAUCGCUGCCCGACGACAGCGGCAGCACUAGCGACCUCAUCCGCGCCUAUCGCGCACAGAAGGAGCGCGACUUUGAGGACCCCUACAACGGGCCCGGCUCGUCUCUGCGCAAACUGCGCGCCAUGUGCCGCCUGGACUACUGCGGCGGCGGGGAGCCAGGCGGGGGCCAGCGUGCCUUCUCGGCCUCGUCCGCAUCGGGCGCCGCGGGCUGCUGCUGUGCCUCCUCCGGCGCGGGCGCCGCCGCGUCCUCGUCCUCGUCCUCGGGCUCCCCGCACCUCUACCGCAGCAGCAGCGAGCGGCGGCCCGCCACGCCAGCCGAGGUGCGCUACAUCUCCCCUAAGCACCGCCUCAUUAAGGUGGAAAGCGCUGCGGGCGGUGCCUCAGAACCCCCGGGGGGUUCCUGCGCAGGCGGCCGCACCUGGAGCCCGACGGCCUGCGGAGGCAAGAAACUGCUCAACAAGUGUGGCGCCUCGGCCGCGGAAGAGAGCGGUGCCGGCAAGAAGGACAAGGUGACCAUCGCUGAUGACUACUCAGAUCCCUUUGAUGCCAAGAAUGAUCUCAAAAGCAAAGCAGGAAAGGGGGAGAGUGCUGGCUACAUGGAGCCCUACGAGGCACAGAGGAUCAUGACAGAAUUUCAGAGGCAGGAAAGCGUCCGGUCCCAGCACAAAGGCAUCCAAUUAUACGAUACCCCUUACGAGCCGGAGGGCCCAAGCAUGGACUCGGACUCAGAGAGCACGGUCAGCCCCCGACUGCGGGAGAGCAAGCUGCCCCAGGAUGACGACAGGCCCGCCGAUGAGUACGACCAGCCAUGGGAGUGGAACCGGGUCACCAUCCCAGCUCUGGCAGCCCAGUUUAACGGCAGUGAGAAACGGCAGUCAUCCCCCUCGCCUUCCCGGGACCGGCGGCGCCAGCUUCGAGCUCCCGGAGGGGGCUUCAAGCCCAUCAAACAUGGGAGCCCCGAGUUCUGUGGGAUCCUGGGAGAGAGAGUGGAUCCUGCUGUCCCACUGGAGAAGCAAAUAUGGUAUCACGGAGCCAUCAGCAGAGGAGAUGCGGAGAACCUGCUGCGACUCUGCAAGGAGUGUAGCUACCUUGUCCGGAACAGCCAGACCAGCAGGCACGACUACUCCCUCUCCCUGAAGAGCAACCAGGGCUUCAUGCACAUGAAACUGGCCAAAACCAAAGAGAAAUACGUCCUGGGUCAGAACAGCCCACCAUUCGACAGUGUCCCAGAAGUCAUACACUACUACACCACCAGAAAGCUGCCCAUCAAAGGGGCCGAGCACUUGUCCCUCCUCUACCCUGUGGCUGUGCGGACCCUGUGAGCCCCUCCCUGCCCUGUGACGGGGCCCAGACAUGGAGGAGCCGGUGGCCCCCGCCGACCCGCCCGGCCGCUGUUGCCAGCCGUGUCCAGUUUGUGUCGUGUGUAUGGUACUAGCACACCACUGCAUGUCUCUAGAAUGCUGUUGCCACUCACGGGGGCUGGAAGAGGCCUGGAUAAAGACUGAGGGACGGCCAGCCCGCCACCUCAGCCCCCACCCCCCAACCCUUCUUCGAGUUUCUGUGAAUUAAAAUAUUUGCAAAUCCAAAGAGAUGCCUUCCAGGAUGAACAAAGGAGAGCAGCUCCGAGGGGCGGGGCGGGAGCUCCCGGGGUUGCGGCUCUUUGUUCUCCAGCCGUCAGGAAUUCACACCUGUGUACCGGGUGCAGUUUUCCCACCAGGGCCCCACUGGUGCUGGGAGCCAAACGCUGGUGCUUUGAGAGCCCUGAAGGCCCCGGGAAUCCCGCCUCCCCUCUGGUGUGUGCGUGUCAGCGUGUGUGUGCGAGUGUGAGCACAUACGUGGGAGAACAUGGCCACACACAGAUGUAAGCCCACUAAUCCACUUUUAGUCAUUCAGUGUAAUCAUUAGGAGAUCUCCAAGGAAUCAUUGUGCAGUCAAAAAAAGGAUUCAAUUAUUUAUGAAUAGGGUGUGUAAAUAAAAUAGUCAUUUAAUAUAUAUUCUUAUCCCUUUUUUUAAUAUACUGCAGCGGGUCUCUGGAGCGGGGGGGGGCAGUGCUUACCUGCGGGUUUCGUCCCCAGAGCAAGGUGUGUCCCCUCUGGGCACGCGGGAAGGAGGCAGAGUCCCCAGCUCAGGGCUGAGGCAGCCGCAGGGAUUCGCUUUGCCCCCUGAGAGUCAAGCUGCAGGAAGGGGCAUUCAGGCUCCAGCAAUGGUAGCCUCAAAUGUUGACUCAGCACCCAUGUUCCCCCAUCUGCCUACAGCAAUGCAGCGAUGGCAGGUCUGUGUUAACCCCUCAGGUGCACGGCACCCAGCAGUGCAUAAAGGGCUCUCCCCAUUAACUGGGGUCACUGCUACCCUGUGAGGCAUUUAACAUGUGGGGCAAAGGAAGCUCAGAGAGGGAAAGUACCUUGUCCAAGUUAACACAGCCCAUAAGCAGAGGACGCUCUAGAGCCAGUGCUUUGGCUCUACAUGGCCUUGCUGCCACCCCGCUCCUGGGAGAAGGCGAAUCCUGACCUCUCAGGGGACAUGGAGCCGGAGCUCCUGGUCGUCCGCACUGCCUCCACACAGAUAAGAACACCUGUACACACACUCCCACACUCCACCCCUAUCUAGCCCCUGCCCUUGACAGGAGCAGGGGUCUUGCUCACAUAGAGCAGACCCUCAGUGAGAUUGCUGUUACUCAGUUCCCCUUCCUUUACCUCCCACCCACCUACCACCGCACCAUGCAUGUUAAAUGCAGUGGAAGAAAUAGAAGAAUCCCACCCAGCAGCAUGAAAGGCAUGGCUUCCAUCCACUGAAGGAGGUGCAAGGGAUCCAGAGAGAGCACAAGUGUCAGCGCCUUCGCCAAGCACACGUCAGUCUGCCUGCCAGUGGUCUGAGCACAAUGGAAGUUCAGUGACCAUCGUCCCCAGCAGGAGGGGGCUGAACCGAGUUUGAACAUCACCAGCACUGCCAGGCCUUCCGCGAUGCUUCAGACUCACCGUUCACAUUAGAGACAGAGGCCCAGCGAGGAGAGAGGACUUGCCCUGGCCACCUGUCAAGCCAGCACAGGGCAGGACUAGAAUCCGUGCCCCUUUAGGUGGCUGCUGUGGAUUUUAGUGGGUUGUGGCCAAAGCUGUUUCCUUGGCAUCUGCUUCCUGCCCAGUCCAACUCUUGGGUCAGCCUCCCGAGUCCUUGUCUCAGUCCGGGCAGCCUGAGACCCUCCCACCCGUGGAUCCCAACAGGUCCGUCCACCUCGUGGUUGCCUCGUUUCCUGUGGCCUGGGUCUAGUCUCCAAAGCCUCAAUCCUGACCUUUUACCUGCUUUGUGUUUUCCAAAACAUCCUUUAAGGCAGGAGUACCUGGAAUGAUUCAUGCUUUGCUCUUUUUUUAUGUAUUUUUCUGGUGAGUGAGAAGAUGAGCGAGGAGUUGGCAUUUAUCCAAACAGAGGUGCCAAAGGAGACUGGAUCCCAAGGAUCCACUUAGAGGUUGGGGAUGAGGAAGGCAGCCCAUGGAGCCGGGGGUGGGGUGGAUUUUGCAUUAGUGCCUCGUCCUCCAGCAAGUGCAGAUUCCCACAGGGCCCUUCCUGAGGCCGCAGGUGGGGCAGUGCAGGAGCCCACAACCCUUCUCAGUGGACAGUCUUCAGAGCAGACCUCUCCUCAGAAGAGGCUCUGCCUGUGGUCUGAGGAAACCGAGGCUGCUUCGCCCUCUGGUCUUGCCUUUUCUCUUUUAAGGGAUUCCUGGGCCCUCCCUCCUUCCCCUGCCUUCGUCUUCCUGAAGUUUCCCCGGGACGCCCAACCACCAGCUCCCCCUUGGGACUGAGGCCGGCAGAGGAGCCAGCUUACAGGAUGGGAGCUGCUAAAAGGAAUUUUUUUCCUUAAUUUUAUGAACCUCUCCCUCUUCUUCCUCUAAUUGUGACCAUUUCCUCUGUCGGCGUGUAUUCAUGUUUUCUUGGACAUCUAACAAUUGAAACAGCUUUUCCCUUUCAGAAACACUCACAUUCAGGUUACUGGCGUUGGUUUGGGUUUUGUUUUGGCUUUUUUUUUUUUUUUUUCAUCUGCUGCCAAUUAAUGGGGGAAAAAAUGAGCUGGAUUUCUUUGAGGGGAAAAAAAGAAAGCUCCCUGCCACACAAUAUCCCGCCUCAGCAUUUUGUUUCAGAACACAACCUCUAGCUCCUAACAGGCUGCGUUGCUCAGAGCCACAGGACUGUCGGGGUUUGUUCCCCUUUCUUUCCCUCCGUCGCUGGCUUCAUUAUUGACCAUAAUGCCCCGACCACUUCAGCAGUAAUGUCCUUGAGCGCUGAGGAGUCAGGGCCUUUGGGGCAGUGCCCCGCCCGCCCCAGAACAAGAUGACAGCCCAGAAAGAAAGGAGGCUUUGUGGGGAAAGAUGGCCCACCUGCCUGUCAGGAGAGAGGCUCACGGAGCACCUCUUUCUAAAGAAAAUGGUGAAAAGGCUCCUCUGCAGGAAGCUCAGCCAAUCCCAGCUGAGCUGUGCCUCCCCUCCCAGGGCAGCUCCAAGCUGGUGCCCCUCAGUGGCCAGUGGGUGAGCAGAGGGGAAUCAUGAUGUAACUUCCAGCAAGGGCCUGGCAUCAACAGGUGGAGCCCUUGGCAGAUG